AUUCUACAGCUCAUGAGCACUUGCCUCAAAAAUGACGCGAAAAAGAAAGCGCAAAAGCGAAGAAAAGGUGAUUGAAGGCUUUGCCGAAACUGGUCAAUUCCAAAAGAUUGUGCUGUACGCCAAGAAGGUCAACUACACGCCCGACUACGUCUAUUUGUUGCGUUCAGUUAUGCGUACCAAUCCAGAACAAGGGACAAGCUUUGCCGGUAUGCUUGUUGCCGAUGAAGAACCAUUGGCUGACAUCAAUCAAAUCGCCGAUAUUUUCAUGGAACAAAACAUGUUUCAACAGUGUACGGACUUUUUAUUGGAUGCAUUGAAACGAAAUCUACCACAAGAAGGAGCUCUACAAACUCGUCUAUUGGAAAUGAAUUUGUUAUCGGCACCGCAAGUUGCCGACGCUAUCCUAGCUAAUUCAAUGUUUACUCACUACGAUCGCGCGCACAUUGCCCAAUUGUGCGAAAAAGCUGGAUUGUUGCAGCGUGCACUUGAACAUUUUACCGACCUGUAUGACAUCAAACGUAUUGUAAUUCACACACAUUUAUUGAACGCUGAUUGGCUGGUCACUUUCUUUGGUACUCUGUCCGUUGAGGAUGCAUUAGAAUGCUUGGAAGCUAUGCUGACAGAUGACAUUCAUCAAAAUUUGCAAAUUUGCGUGCAAAUUGCCAAAGAAUACCAUGAACGAUUCACAACAAACGCCUUGAUGGAAUUGCUCGAAAAGAUAUACAAUGGUGUAUUGGAUUUACCAGCCUGUUCCGAUCAUCGAUACAUCGUAGAAUACUUUCAAAAUCUUUUGAUUUCAGCUGCAAUUAAGAUUGAUACCGCUCGUGUCAUGCACUACAUCAAAUAUUUCGAAAGUUUUGACGCACCGAUAAUCGCCGAUAUUUUAAUCGAAAAUCAAUUGUAUCAAGAAGCAUUUGCUAUUUUUACAAAAUUCGGUGAUAACGUUUCAGCCAUCAAAUUGUUAAUUGAACACUGCAACGAUUUGGAACAGGCUAUGAAAUUUGCUGAAAACUGCAAUGAACGAGCUGUAUGGUUACAAUUGUCAGAAUUCGAUAGAAUAGUGCUCGAAGAAAUCGAUGAAGAUGACGCUUGCGUAUCCGAAUCUGAAGAACCACUACAAGAUACUGUUGAUACGCUCGAAAUUUUUAAAAAUGAGUUUGUUGUUGUUGACGAAGAACUUCAAAAUAUAGAUUCGAAAAUUCAAACACCUGAACUGACUAUAGUUUAUAAACAAGCAUCACCAAAACCAAACAAACUCAAAAGAAAGAAUGAAAAACAGGUUAAACAAAAGCAAGGCGUGAAAGAGCUGGAAGAACGGCAACAGAAAAUUAGGCGCAAAGAGAAAGAAAAACAAAAGAAAAACGAAAAGGAGGGGAAAACAUUGCACAAAGAGAAAGGACGAGAAAAAAAAGGGCGCCAGAAAAAUGAAGAGAGAAAGCACCAAAAGGUCGCGGCUAAACAGAAUACAAAUCGAAAAACUAAAGCGGCCAAGUUUUUUGUUCCGAAAAAAGCCAAGAAUAAAAUGAAGACAAGUUACAACAAGAUGAAAAUAGACUUAGAUCAAGAACAUGUUCUACAACAAACAUUUAUGUCAUUCCAAAAAAAGGAAGAUACCAAGUUAGCACCGGUAACUAGUCGCACAAUGAACGAAGAUGAACGAUCGAAUUUUGAACAGCUAAUCGCGUCUAAUACUCCGAUUUGCGAUUUGUAUUUGGCUCAGUUAAAAAAUCAUACCAUUAUUCCGAGAAAAACCAACCGCACCUGGCAAGAUGAUAAAGAAGUCAUCGAUGGUCAAGGUGUACAAGAAGAGCCGAAAAAAUACUAUCGAGCCAAAUUUUUCAAGUUCGAUGAAGAUUCUUGUCCAUCAUUUUAUGGUACUUGGUGUAAGAAGAGUAAAACUGUUAAAUCACGUGGACGUAAGCCAUUUGGAUUGGACUCGCGAUUGGAAUUCGAGGUAGAUUUUGAUGAAGAAGAAUCACUCUAUAGUUCCGACAGUUUUGAGGACGAAUACGAAAUUGAUAAUGAGUUUGUUGUUUCUGACGGUUACUUGAGUGACGAAGAACGUCAAAAUCAAAAUGAAAUUGAAUUAGAUCAAGAAAAUGAUGUAGAACUCAAAAUCCUUCAUAAAUUGAAUUGUAUGCGAUUGAUGAGAGGAUUUUCGAAGUCGACGAACAACCGACAAAAUAUUACAUGUGAGCGACCGAACAACCCAGCGGCAGUCAACAGUGAUGCUGUAAGCGUCAUCAAUAAACCGAUACCCGCCAGAAGCUUACAAAAUGUCGACUUUGCCGAAUUUAUCGAAAUGUUCAACGGCAUCAAGCUAUCAGAUGAUUCAAAUAAGUGUACUUUGCCAGAGACUCAAGCACCUGAAGUGACUAACCAUGGCUUGCAAGCAUCACCAAAACCAAGUAACCAUAGCAUUUUUUCUUGCAGUAGUUGUGUUAAAAAAUUCACCGCCAUGAAAAAUUUGAACGCGCAUAUUCGCACAUUUCAUGCUGCGACGUCUGUUAGAUAUGUGUGCGAUUUUUGCGGAAAGUUUUGCUUUAAAUCUAAGUCCAACUUAAAUGAACAUUAUGAAAAUGUUCAUCGAGACCAAAUUCCGCCGCACAAAUCCCGAUAUAAAUCAAAGAUAAUAAAGAGUACUGAAGAAAAAGGACGAGAAAAUAAUGUCACCAAAAUCGAUCGUGAACCCAUGAAAUGUCCGUUUUGCGUUAAGACGUGUAAGGGUACAUUUAAUUUGAAAAGACAUAUUAAAAGAUUUCAUCAAAACUGAAAGCAUACAAAUCCAGUGGUGAUAAAUGCAAUAUAUAUCGAUAAAAGUGAUAUUCCAAGUGUAUUCAUAUUGACAAUAAUAUUUAUAUUUAAGAUACUCACAAAUAAUGUUUUAUAUGUAUUAUACAUUACAAGAAAGAAAAAGAGAAAUACUUUGUCAUUUAACUUUUGUUAUGUCCGACGUUAUAUAAUUGUCAGAGUAACAGUCCAAACUGUAUGCAGCGAUAUACAGCACAAUAAUACAUUUCGACUCCAGCAGAAAAAGACUUCAAGUUAUAUAUAUAUAUAUAUAUAUAUACAUAUGCACUGUAAACCGCAGUGUACACAUAUUCAAUUUUUUUCGAGGACAACAUUUUUCUCAAGAUUUUAAAAAUUAUAAAUAUUCUUGUCGCCUAUACGGUUGUUCAACUUUUUUGUUGUUCAUGAAAUUAUUUGAAAAUUAAAAAAAAAUAUUGACGCAUAAAACAUAACUUUUUUUUUGUACGGAGUUGGAAUUGACUACAAUUUGGAUCUAAUCUGGAGUCGGAAUUUCCCAGCAAAAUUUCCAUUUUCGACUACGAAUCAGUAGAAAUCGUUUUCAAUUUCAUAUCCAUUUUCGAACAAAGCAUUACUUUUUUCGACCGACGAAACGAACUUGGGACAUUACAUAUUUGUUA